AUGACUGACCGAAAAGGAACUCGCUCGUAUCAGAGAAACUUCAAGAUCAAACGAAGGAGAAGAAGAGAGGGAAAGACGGACUACAAGCAGCGAGUGAACAUGCUCAGACAGGACGUGAACAAGUUCGGAGCAAUGAAGAGCAGACUGGUCGUACGAAUCACCAAUACCAAGGUGAUAUGCCAGAUAAUCAAGGCCCACAUGGAUGGAGAUCGUGUCGUAGCACAGGCUGAUUCGACUGAGUUGAAGAACUUUGGUGUCACCUUUGGCCUAACUAACUAUUUUGCAGCUUAUGCAACAGGAAUGCUCUGUGGAAGAAGGGCUCUUGCAGCCAAUGACCUGGAUAAGCAGUUUGUGACUAAAACAGACGUAGGCGCAUUCGAGGAGACUGAGAGUCCAAUUGAAGAAAGACGCGCCUACAAGGUGUUUCUGGAUAUCGGGCUGGCCAGGGCCACGAAGGGUGCAAAAGUUUUCAUUGCGAUGAAGGGUGCAUCCGAUUCAGGGCUCUUUAUCCCUCAUUCGCCUUCUAAAUUUGUAGGGUGGGAUGGAGAAGACCUACAGGCUGAGGAAUUGGCAAACAGAAUUUUUAUGAAGGAGAACUGUUCGUACAUGGAGCACCUGAAGGAGAAUGACGAGGAGAAGUACAAGUUGCAGUUUGGUGGAUACGUGGCAAAGAAGAUUGAGCCAGGAUCCAUCGAGGCCAUUUACAAGAAUGCAUUGAAGAAGAUUGGAGCAGAAGGAGCAAAGGAGGAGAAGAAGAAGAAGGUGGAGUACAGUGGCAAGAAGUACGAGAACAAGAAGAAGAUUUCACUAGCAGAGAGGAAGGAGAGAGUUGCAGCAAGGCUGGCUGAAGAAUGA